CCGCCAGUGCGCUGGCGGGCGAGGGGUGGCGGGCGUGCGGGACCGGCGUGCGCACAGGCGGAGUCCGGCGAGGGCGCGUGGGCGGCUGGGAGAGGAUGGGAAUCCCUGGGACCCGCGGCUGAGCUAGCCUGAGCGGCGGGAAGGCCAGCCUCGCUGUUCCACCGGGAGCCCAACACCGUUCCCGCGCCGCCAGGAUGAUCCCCCCGAGCGGCGCCCGCGAGGACGGCGUGGACGGGCUGCCCAAGGAGGCACCGAGCGCCGAGCAGCCGCCCUCUCCUGCAUCCACCAGCAGCCAGGAAUCCAAGCUCCAGAAACUAAAACGAUCACUUUCUUUCAAGACCAAGAGUUUACGGAGCAAAAGUGCUGACAACUUCUUCCAACGAACCAACAGCGAUGUGAAGCUGCAGGCCGACAUGCUGGCUGAGGUCAGCCCCAGCUCCAGCCCACUCCCUGCCUCUGGAAGCCUGACGUCCACACCCACCAGGGCCAGCCUGCAGCCAGGGGCUGGCGGCAAGGCCCACGCCUUUCAGGAACACAUCUUCAAGAAGCCCACUUUCUGUGACGUCUGCAACCACAUGAUCGUGGGAGCAAACGCUAAGCAUGGGCUGCGCUGCAAGGCCUGUAAGAUGAGUCUCCACCACAAGUGCAUGGAUGGCCUAGCACCCCAGCGGUGCAUGGGCAAGCUGCCAAAGGGGUUUCGGCGUUACUACAGCUCCCCCUUGCUCAUUCAUGAACAGUUUGGAUGCAUUAAAGAAGUUAUGCCCAUCGCCUGUGGCAAUAAGGUGGACCCGGUCUAUGAGACCCUCCGCUUCGGCACCUCCCUGGCCCAGAGGACGAAGAAGGGCAGCUCCGGCAGUGGCUCUGAAUCACCACACAGAACCUCUACUUCAGAUCUUGUGGAGGUUCCUGAAGAAGCUGAUGGUCCAGGAGGAGGAUAUGACCCACGGAAACGCAGCAACAGUGUGUUUACUUAUCCAGAAAAUGGCACUGACGAUUCCAGACACCAAGCAAAGAACAUAAACCACCAGGGAUCUCUUUCCAAAGAACCAUUACAGAUGAACACCUAUGUUGCCUUGUACAAAUUUGUACCACAGGAGAAUGAAGAUUUGGAAAUGAGGCCAGGAGACAUGAUUACUCUUCUAGAAGACACCAAUGAAGACUGGUGGAAAGGGAAAAUUCAAGACAGGAUUGGCUUCUUUCCAGCCAACUUUGUUCAGAGAGUACAACAAAAUGAGAAGAUCUUUAGAUGUGUUAGGACCUUCCUCGGUUGUAAAGAACAGGGGCAGAUGACAGUGAAGGAGAAUCAGAUGGAGGAAGGAUCCAGGAGCCAGGGAAUGCCUCUUAGAAGCUGAAGAUCUGCGUGACUUCCGAAGAAGAGCAAGAUGGCUUUAUCAGAGUCCUCAGUGGAAAGAAGAGAGGCCUUGUCCCCCUGGAUGUCCUAGAAAACAUCUGAUUGUUGGCCCCUCCUGCUUUGGCAGUGGCCCGGCUCUGCUGCGAUGCCUCAUCUCACACUGUGUCCACGCAGAGGAGCUGCCACACUGACCCACCCUCCCCCCUGGGAAACAGUGAGACAAGACUCAUGGGUCUGAGACUGGGGUAUCAGCCACAGACAGAGGGUGUAUCUCAUAGCAUUGCCAGGCUGCCCAAGGUGAGGGCAAGGCUGCCCAAGGUGGGGAGCUGAGCGCCACGCAGGCGGCAGCCGAGGCAGGGUGGCAGCCACAGCUGUCCCUGAGGACUCACCUAGUCCCCGUCCAUGUGAUUUAAGUUAGACUGCUGGAGGGUGCUCCACCCUACAGUGUGGGCCCAGUGCGAGGCUGGGAUCCCCACGGCCGAGUGUGAUUCUGGUUCCAGACAUGUGUCCCCAGCACUGGCCCCUCUGCAUCAUCGCAUUUGCGGUCUCUCUGCAGAGCAUCAGGAAGUCCUGAUCCCCAGCUCCCAACAUGCCAGGGCUCCCCGUAGCCCCCCUCGCCUUGUGAUUGCACUGUCUCUUCUGUCCUCCGAUGGAGUCCUGGAGGUGCUGUGAGGUGGGAGGGCUGAGCUAGUGGCACUAGCCACCAGGACCUGAUCUGCCCAAAGGUGACCAAUAGGCAGUCACUGCUGCUGUUCUGGUUACUGGCAGAGGUGACAGAGAAGGACACAAGGCACAGGUACAGAGAGCAAAGUGGGAGUAAGGUGGGGCAGAGAGCCCGAUUUACUGCAGAUUAUGCAGCCCCUUCGGUUAGGAAAGCAUUCUCUGUGGAGGUGAACCUGGGGAAGAGAAUGGGGCAAAAAGUCUCAGCGAUGAGCCCUUUUCAUUUCAUGUCCUUGGUACUGGGGGCAGCAUUUUCUGUCAGGCCAUCCUGGAGGGCCCCCUUUUGGAGGCUGAGCCCACCUUCCAAAGAACCAGAAACAUGGAGGAGAACCAAUAUCAUCUUGAGACAAGUAGCCAAAUCAGAAUCCAUUCUUCUUUAGGGCAGUCUAUUAUACCCUAGCAGACGUAACAUGGAGACGAAUCCUUAGUGCUUCAUCCCUCAGAAAGCGAGGAACUUGGGUCCUAUUUAGCAUUAGUAGGGGAGUCUCUCUUACUCUAUACUUGUACUAAUGUUUACAAGCAUUCAGUAUACUGUGAUGCCUUCCCCCGCAAGCCUCCUCCUAGCAGUCAAACUUGCAUUACUUAUUAAUAUGGUUAAACGUCAAUUCACAAUGACCUUGGAAUCAAUGUCUGCUCCAUCUAUUUUGUGACAGAGCAAUAAAAGCUUUAGAACAAUUGGUUUUUAAAAGA